GUGUUGUUUCGCGUGAGUUGGACGCAUAAGGAACGCCGGGCAAGGGGAGAGCACGUGGACGGUCGCUCGUUGCGAGAUCGUGGACGGAGAAGAGGCAUCAUCGCGUACCGGUGCAGACGGCGCGCGACUGGCUGAGCCGAGCGACGAGCAAAAAGUCCGAUGAGUAGAAACUGGUAGCGCUCCACGGCGAAGCUACCUACCGAGAAGACGACCGCGCGAAGACGCUCGCGCCUCGCUUAUUAUUGAUCUUCGGCGCAAGAGCGUCUUCCGUCACGAGAGAAGGAAAGAGAAAAAGAGAGAAAGAAAGAGAUAGAGUGAUGCCCGUGUCGCAGCCAGUGCGUGCCAAGAGUUUGUUACGCGCAAACUUGGAAAAUUCACGCGGCAGAGCGUUGCAGAGCAGGAUGCCGAACAUCAAGGUCUUCAGCGGCACCUCGCACCCCGACCUGGCCCAGCGGAUCGUGGAUCGGCUUGGCAUCGACAUCGGCAAAGUUGUCACGAAGAAAUUCAGCAACCUCGAGACAUGCGUGGAGAUAGGAGAAUCUGUCCGUGGAGAGGAUGUGUAUAUCGUGCAAAGUGGAAGCGGUGAGGUGAAUGACAAUCUGAUGGAACUCCUGAUCAUGAUCAAUGCUUGCAAAAUUGCUUCAGCAUCCCGAGUAACAGCAGUUAUUCCUUGUUUUCCCUAUGCAAGACAAGACAAGAAAGACAAGGGCGGUGAUGGUGGGGACAAGUCAGACUCCACUAAAAAUCAGAUUGUCAUGAAGUCGAACGAGUGGAAAUUCAGGAGUCGCGCGCCAAUCUCUGCGAAACUAGUGGCAAAUAUGCUCUCCGUGGCGGGUGCUGAUCACAUUAUUACGAUGGAUCUGCACGCUAGUCAGAUACAAGGAUUUUUUGACAUCCCCGUCGACAAUUUAUUCGCCGAACCAGCUGUCCUCAAGUGGAUUAAGGAGAAUAUCGUUGAAUGGCGAAACAGUAUUAUCGUUUCCCCCGAUGCAGGUGGUGCCAAAAGAGUCACAUCUAUAGCUGAUCGAUUAAACGUUGAAUUCGCACUUAUACAUAAGGAGAGGAAGAAGGCGAACGAGGUUGCUAGUAUGGUAUUAGUUGGAGAUGUCAAAGACCGGGUUGCUAUCCUCGUAGACGAUAUGGCCGACACUUGCGGCACUAUCUGUCAUGCAGCAGAAAAAUUAUUGGAAGCUGGUGCAACGAAGGUGUAUGCCAUACUUACUCAUGGUAUAUUCAGUGGUCCGGCAAUUAGUAGGAUCAACAAUGCCUGUUUUGAAGCCGUAGUUGUGACUAAUACUAUUCCCCAAGAUGGCCAUAUGAAAGAUUGUCCAAAGAUCCAGUGUAUUGAUGUCUCCAUGAUGUUUGCUGAGGCUGUGAGGCGGACUCAUAAUGGUGAAUCUGUAUCGUACCUGUUUUCGAAUGUACCCUAUUAGAAGAAAAUCUUCCGUAAUCUGUUUUAAGCCAUGUAAGAAGAAUAUACUCUUUUUACAUUUGUUUAUUGUUAUUGAUAGUUGGACACUAAUUCGUAUAUCAGCGCUCAAACAGAAACAUUAUGUGUCCCUAUUCCAAAUUGGAAUCUAUACUUGCCUCAUUUUUUCAUUAAUUUCUACAAGUGUGAAGUAAUUGGAGUUAUGAUGAAAUUUUAGAUAAGUAAAUUAUAUAUAAUUAUAGAAUCUAUUCAUCUAAAAAUUUAUCACGAUUUCUACUAUAUAUAUAUAUAUCUUUUGUUUAUAUAUAUAUAUAUAUAUAUAUAUAUAAAUAUAUAUAUAUAUAUAAAUAAAAGAGGUUUUUCUCUUUUGGAGUAUAGUAGUACAAGCGUUCUUUAUUUUUCUACAAAUAAUAAAAAGGAUGCAUAGUACAUAUAUUAUAAGUUUUGGUGUGAUCAAAGUUGCAAUUUGAACUCCAUUUAAUUUAAGAUAUUGCAUCGUUCGUUUUAAGAAAGAUGACAGAAUAUUGAUCUGGCGCCGUUAAUAACUUAAUGAAGUUGUAUGAGAAGUAUGUUUAUGAAUCAUGAUUUGAAAAAGUUGCUACGCAUACAAAAUUCCUAAUAUAAUUUACUAGCACGAACACAUUUCGUAUUUAAUUUAAGAUCUGCAAUAUCUAUAUAAAGACAAUUUUUUUAUAUAUUGGCGCAAAAAAUAUAUAAAUCAAUUUUCUCUUAAGUAAAAUUAUAUUAUAGAACGAACCCAUCGAGCGUUGUAAUUAUCGCGUGUAUGAUAGAAAAAUGGCACUGACUGUGUUUAACUUGAUUAUAUCUUGCUGCAGACGAUAUUAAAAUGAAAAUAGUCCAUGACGCUUAAUAAAUAGCCCAAUUUUACUUUUGCAUAGUAAAUAACUCUGGACCAACAUACGAAUUUAGUCGAGUACAACUAUAAUAUAAUUGCGAAUUUUUCUUACCUAAUGAAAAAGUGCCAUUUGUUAAAUGAUUGCUUAUUGCAAUAAGUAUAUGUAAAGAAAAGCAUAAUUUUUAUUACAAAUAAUGAUUAUUUAAAGAAAUAUUACCUAUAUCAAAUAUUCCAAAACAACAGUCGCACUUUUUCCGAUAAUGAAUUCCUUCACUGAUUCGAAGCUGUUUGUUUUUUAAUGGAAGUUGCGAAAUACUAGUAACCGUUGCAUUGUAAUUGAAAAUAGAAUAUAAUGCAAUAAAUGUAA